UUUAUCAUUUCCUUUAAUUUUCCUAUUUAAAAAAAAAAACAAAUUCAAGGUGGUAAUUUAAUGUGUAUGUGCAACUGAAUUAAAGAAGCCAUAUAUAAAAAGUACAUGACUUUCAAAUUCCACCUUCUUCUUCUUCUUCUUCUUCGAUCUCCUAUAUAUACCUCAAUCUCUUUCACACACUUCCUCUGGCUCCACAUCAUCCUCUCUAUAUAAUCUUCUUCUACACAUUCACACGCAACCACAUAUGUACAUGUGAAGUAGUGAGAUCAAUAUCGUUAUCAAUGAAUCUACCACCGGGAUUUAGGUUUUUUCCGACCGACGAAGAGCUCGUCGUUCACUUCCUCCACCGGAAAGCUUCCCUCUUGCCUUGUCACCCUGACGUCAUCCCCGACCUCGAUCUUUACCAUUACGAUCCUUGGGACCUUCCCGGGAAAGCUUUGGGAGAAGGGAGGCAAUGGUACUUCUAUAGUAGAAAGACACAAGAGAGAGUGACAAGCAAUGGGUAUUGGGGAUCAAUGGGAAUGGACGAGCCAAUCUACACAAGCUCCACACACAAGAAAGUGGGCAUCAAAAAGUAUCUAACUUUCUAUCUCGGAGAUUCUCAGACUAACUGGAUCAUGCAAGAAUAUUCCCUCCCAGAUUCCUCUUCUUCAUCUAGUCGAUCUUCUAAGAGAUCAAACCGUGCUUCUUCUAGUUCUAGUCACAAACCCGAUUAUAGCAAGUGGGUGAUAUGCAGAGUGUAUGAGCAAAAUUGCAGUGAGGAAGAAGACGAUGAUGGGACAGAACUCUCAUGCUUGGAUGAAGUGUUUUUGUCUUUAGAUGAUCUUGACGAAGUAAGCUUACCGUAAUAAAGACAGAAGCACCCAAGAAAAAAAUAGGGAAAAGGAGAAUGAGAAUGAAAUGACAUCAUUCUUACAGGUUAUAUGUUGUAAGAUUAGCAAAUCCCCAAUUUGCAAGCAAGAAGCAAAAAAGGAAGAAGCUCUAGUCUUGUUGUAAUUUUUUUUCUAAAUUCAAAUAUAUCUUUCUAUUAA